GUUUUGGUUUCGACUGCCAAGAAACUGGUCUCUUUUCUUUUUCUUCUUCCGUUGCUCUGCCAUGAUGAACUCUGACGGCUGGCUUGGCAGACUUUGCUCUAAAAAUUUUGGGACAAAUAAACAGUUUAUAAUCAACCAAUGAGGAACCUUUUCUUUAAACUCUUAAUUGAAAACGUCCAAACUAUCAAUCAUCUCCCGUGGAUAGAUAGUGUUGUGUUCCACCGCGCUUGCUGUGUACAAAUAAUCACUGGAUUUGCGAAGCUAUGGACUCCGGAUCGAUCCUGCACUAACUUCCCAACAAAACUGUUAGAGUGAAAAAGAUAUGGAUUUGAAUAGUUUAGCAAAAAGUUUGGCCCAAGUAUGGAUGAUCUAGCUAAUUCUGCUGAAGCCGAGGGGUUAUUUUCCAAGCGGUCUUCGUCUAAUAUCCUAUCGGAUCCUAGGAUACUUGAACAUCUUCGUAUUGUUGCGGAAGAAGCUCAAAGUUCUGAAAAGAACGAUGAAGAUUCCGAAACAGAAAUGGUUGUUAAUAAGCGAGAACUUGCGGAGAAAAUCGCAAAUUAUAACAAGAGAAAUCAAGGGGCAUUUCGUCUGGUUAUGAAAGAGGACCUAAACUUCGAGGGAGCGUUGAGGUUUUAUUUCGAAGAUGGAAACGAAAAAAUCACCAAAGCCAUAAGAUUGACAAACAAAUCCCUUGUCUCUGAGAUAUUACCAACUUUGAUUGAAAAGUUUAAGCCAGACUUAGAACAAUCUAGUCUGCUCCGUAAAGCAAAGCUGUAUGAAGUUCACGAUGAAGACGAUAGAGAAGCUGAUGAAAUUUGUCUAGAUCCAUCUGAUUACCCUCUAGACAUCGCGCUUAGUGCCAGACGUUUCCCACGAUUCGUUCUACGCUUAGAGUAUGAACGACCAACCAAGAUCACAUCCCCGCAGCUAAAUGGCAUCACUAAGCAACAAGAGCCAAGAAAAAGUUCCCUAAACUCUUCCGUUACGAGCCUGAAAAGUGCGGCUAGUGAUGGCAGCUCAACCAGUGGAUCGACUCAAAUGAGCAAAGAUAGUCACAACAGUACCUCCCUAGGUAGUAGAUUCUCUCCCUCCAAGAGCUCAACGUCUUCAGGUACGCCUACCUCAGGAAGAAAGAGCCAGGUCGAUAGACCGUCAAGCUCGAGUAGCGAUCGCGGGAAGAACUUCUUCAAGAACGCGCCGUCACCAAAAUCUGCGCCUGGAAUGUUCUUCGACGGAGUAGGUUCUGGUAAAGAUCAAGAUCGAAGCGCGCAUCAAGCGCACAAGGGUUUCCGCGUCAAACAUCAGAGAAAACGUUCAUUUGGAUCCCUGUUAAAACUAAAGAAAAAUAGUGCCGCAAAGAAAACAGUCGAGUUAUCGACCAAUCAGCUUGCCCCUGGAGUCCUGAAGGUUUUUGGCGGUCACGUUUCUCCUGGUUCGAAUUAUAAAAGCGUACGAGCUACAGAACUUACCGCCGCUGCGGAGAUCGUGAAAGAAGCGCUAGAACGUUACUCCCUUGACAGUUCGAAAUCCAAUGAUUAUGUCCUCUGCGAUGUGAUCGGGUUUUUCCCCAGUACUGGCAAUGACACAAGAAAAGAAAACGCGGUGAACGCGCAAUCGUCGGAAUCAGAAAAAUGGAUUACAGAAUACUCUAGGGUUAUCGGAGACCAGGAAAAACCCCUGGUUCUUCAGCAACUUUGGAAGCCCAUUACUGGCUUCUCUCGGCGGUUUGAGCUUAGAAGAAAGAUCGAAACGCAAGAAUCGAGCUUUUUUCAGCCAAGAGGCAGUAUUGCGGUCGUGAAAGCUGCCUCGGUGCGCGAAGUCAAAAUGCCUCCCGCGAUUAAGGAGGCGCAGAACAACAAAAGAACCGUCGGUUCCUUCGGCCAUUUUGAAAGUUUUGGGACCGAAGAAGGCAGUAGUUCGAGUCGCCCGUCCGUCAUUCUAUCUCCUUUUCUUCCGCCAACAGACACUCCUUACUUGUUACUAAUCAGAGGCUACGCUAUCGCUGAAGAUCAUCUUUAUUACAGACUCGAUGAACAAAUCGCGCUUAUUGGUCGUCAUAGCAACGCCCCUGGUAACGGUAGCCAUGGUGAUUAUGACGAGCAUAAUCCUGAUAUCAGUCUGUUUGCACCGGAUGUUCUUCCUCAUCAUUGUGUACUCAGUAAAAAGGUCGAAGCAGACGGUGAUUUCGACUUGGAAGACGAAUGUGACGUUAAUUUUGUCGUCUGUCUAGACCCUAACAAGGAAGCGAGCGUGAAAAUCAACGGGGUUCCAAUCACCUCUCCUAUCAAACUAUCCCCUGGGGACCUUAUAUCCCUGGGUGCUCACUAUGUUUACAUGUUUAAGGACCCCACACAGGUCCUUGAUAGCUCUUUACAACUGAACUGGAUGAACGUUCUGCAGAAAUUCCACGAGAUGUCCAAGAAUUUCAAAAGAAGUGUUUCGGAAACGGAUACCAUAGGUUCUGAGACUUCUUUAGAGAGAACGCAAGAGAACGAUGGAAAACUAAGGCUGAUUUAUAGAGUAGAAAAUGAAGACAGAUUGUUAGAUACGAUUAUGAGUUUGUCGCAAGAGGACGGGUAUGAGUUAACACCAGCGUAUCUUCUAGUCUUGUGCAUUGAACAUUCGUCUAAGUAUCACAAGGAGAUUCAGACUAGGCGAUUAAUGGUUAAAAUUUCAAAUGCUAUACAAAGUGUGGCCUGGGAAAGAACAACAGAAAUGUCAAAUACCAUUGAAAAGGAUACGCCGCCAGAUAGAGCCAUGAGCGAAUUGCUGCCACAGUUGAAUCCCGUUAUCUUCUGGAUGUCAAACGCGUUGGAGAUGUUUAAUUUUUUAAAGUCCAAGAUAUCGCGUUACCUAGGUGAUGCAUCUCUUGUCAGUUCCCAUGUUGACGAACCGCUGACCAACGCUGACGAAGAGCUGCUGGUCUGUCUGGAAGAAGUUGUGAUGUACACUUUUCAACAGACCGUUUAUCAUCUUACCAAGGUGCUGUAUGUCGCUCUUCCAGUCAUCCUCGACACUAACCCAUUCCAGUUUGACGACGACGACUCAGACGACAAGAAACGACCACAAGAAAUCGACAUGGUUAUCAACAUUUUCAACCAGACCUACGAAGCUCUUCACAAAUGUAGCGUACACACAGACAUCGUCCACCAACUCUUCGCAUACCUUUUCUUCUUCACCAAUGCCUCUCUCUUCAACACCUUAAUGGAGCGAGGAGCCGGAGGCAAGUUCUACCGCUGGGCUAAAGGAGCGCAGAUUCGUGGUAACCUCGACGCGCUUGAAAGCUGGGCAUCUCAAGUAGGUCUUCAGGAGGAAUAUGUACAUUAUUUGACGAGACUCUCCACAGCCGCUGACUUACUGGCAACACCCAAGGUUCAACUAUUGCAGGCCGACUGGACAACAAUUCGUCGAGAUUUUCCCGCGCUUAACGCGGCUCAAGUACAACAAUUAUUAGGCGAAUACCAGCUGGGACCUGGAAAAUCGCGUCCGCGCGGCUGGUUCCCGCCACCAGAAGAAGUUGAGCCUGCGCUUCGAACUGCUGAUAUAUUAUUGAGCUUUGCCGAUCAUCCUCCACUGUCCUUACCGUCAACAAACUUCACAUUUGACCUCAGAAAUGGUCCAUCAAGCCAGUUGUUCUACGACUAUCUUGACUUUAUUAAGCGUUCUUCCAAUUCUGGUUUCCAAAAUGCAGACUGGAAAACAUAUAAAUCAUCGAAUAACUUACAGAGACCGGAACCGGAAGUGCCAUCUGUCAUCGCACCGGAAGUUGGUUCACCGGAAGACCUGGAUGAUAUUGAUGUACCAUCGGUUACUGUAUCACCACCAACUCCUAUGCCACAAGACGGUGAACGCAGUAAACAGCAGUUUUCUUUUCCCGCGACACAAAAGCACCAUGGUGAAGUUGAGAGACCAAAGAAAGUCUCCGUCAAAUCACACAUCGGAAUGAGCGACCAUAAAGAAAAGAAUACCCCAAAACACGAGACGAGGCAAGACAGACCUGUACCCGCUCCGCGAACACCGACACGUAAUUCUCCAGAUAUUGUACAACGAGUAACUCAACCCUCCAGACAUUACCCUAGAUCACCACAACCAAGCCCAAGGGGUCAUAAAAAAGAGGACCUCUCAGAGAAGGCACGUAAUCCAAGAGCACAUGGUGUACCCACAUCUGCAGCGAUCCCUGUAACUAUCCCUUCAAGAGGAAGGACAUCAGGGGGGACUACACCAACAGAGUCUCCUCGGGAGAGCCUGAGUGGGUAUCACGUGAGGUCUAGUUCCGGGGGAUCAUCGGCCUCGAGUCUGUCGAGUUUCGGGACACGGGACGAGAAUCAGAACAUGCCAAACGUGACAAGAAAAGAGAGCGACUCGUACAGGAAUGAUGGGACUAGAUGGGUGGAGGUUAAUGGAUCAGGGAUGGUUGAAUCUAUCGAUGGGCUGUCUGUGUUGCCUGAGAAUGAUAAAGAAUCUAUAGGAAUCAAAACUAAAGAUAAACACAGGGAAACUCGCGCAUCAGACAAAGUUAAGUUCAUGAGUCAUCUACAACGAAACGACUUACACAGAUCAGACCUGCCUGAUGACGUAGAAACCGGAAGUAGUUCUGACCGUAAGUUAGAGGGCAUGCGUGAUGGCGAUGAUCCACAAGAUGACGUGUUUAUUGUUGAACUCGAAAAGAAAACUUCCGGGAUAGGACUGGGACUGAUUGAUGGACUGUACACUCCCUUGAGAUCGCCAGGGAUCUAUGUACGAACACUACUUCAAGGUGGCGCAGCUGAAAAAGAUGGUCGCCUUAGAUUAGGGGAUCGCAUUCUAGCUGUAAAUGGGACAAGCCUUGUGGGCGCUGAUUACCAGAGUGCCAUGCAAGAGAUCCGCGAGGCAGGUGAUCAAUUAUCAUUCCUCGUUGCUAAGUCUGACAUCCACGUUGCUAUGAAGAUCACUGCAUCAAGUUGCUGAUCUACUCAGUCUCAUGUUGAUGAUGUGGGUCAGCAACUGUUUUCCCGCCAAAAUAUCGGCGCGGUUUCCCGGCAAAACUUGACGUCACAUUACGUCACGAAUGCGAUACAAAUGAAGCAAAACAGCCAAUGACAUGAUGGCUAUUAUAAACCUAUAAACACCGAAGACCUGAACUAAAAAUAGAGCAUUAAUAAAAUUUAGGCUGUCGUGCCUAAAACUGAAUUUUUUGUAAAAUUUUGCUGACUCUUUUUGGAUUGAGUAGAAAGAUAGUACUUAAAACAAAUUAGAAACCGUAGAUCAUUAGGAAUAGAAUCCGUAUUUUAUUUCAGCAAUAGCAAAAUUUAGCUACGAAACAGUCAAAGGUUUUGCUGGUGAAAUGAUUCAUAAUGAUAGUAUUUUUAGUCAUACAUUUAUUGAUAAAUACAGCAUAUUUAUUAAGGUUUUUAUGAUUUAAUGUCAUUUUUAUGGCUUAAAUAAAGCGCGAAUCUUUUACAACA